AUGAAUAAUUCCUAAUAGUCAUAUGAAACAAUAAAACAAUAAAUACUUAGCCACCUCAAUUCAACAUGCACUUUUGGCUAAGUCUUUGCACUAAAUUCCUCUGAAGACUUUCGAUUUGAAUUACCAGUAGAUCACAAUUUGUAGUUAAACCAUUUACUAGCAAGAUUAAAACAUGCUUUUUAAAAAUUAUGUGCUAUAUAAAUUAAACAAAUAAUUGGAAUAACAAUUCCAAAUGCUUUUAAAUUGCAAAUGUCGUUUGAUGCUGUAAUGAAGAAAGCACUUGCAAUUCCAUUUAAAGCUUUGUUUAAGGAUAAAUUGAUAUUAAGCCCAUUAUUUUGUGAUAUCAGUGUUAUUGUUUAGUAAAUUUCAAUAUCAGAAAAUCCCUAUGUUGAAAUAUAAAGAAUAGAUGCUGAUGAGUUUUAUGUUAUUUUAUUAUUCUGGUAAAUCCGAUAGCUAUUGAUUAGAGAACAUUAGAAUAAGGCUACUUUUGAAAUAUUUCUAUAUCCAAAAUAGCAUAAUUUCGGCAUUUCUAAAAUAGAAAAUAAUAAAGAAACUAUCUACUUCCAUUCAAUGGAUCAUAAGUUGCAAUUCUUAAUCUAAAAUAGCUUAUUUCACACCACAAUUUCUAAAGCUAUUUAAUAAAACAAAUUAAAGGAAUUUUAAGUAUAAUUGUUUGAAAAAAAUGAUGAAAAUCUAUAAGAAUUCUAUAACGCUGAGAUUCAUGACUAACUUGUAACAAUAUAAAAUAGUUUUAAUAACAAAAUUUAACAUCAUCCAAAAAAUAAUAUCAACCUCAAAAUAAAAUAUGAAAAUAGAAUAAAGUUAACUGAGUGGAUAUUCAGACAGUUAGGAGUUAUUUAUUAUAAAGAAUUUGAAAUAUUUGAACAAAAUAAUAAUUACCCAAAACUUAGAUAUGAAUAUUUAUUUUUAUUUAAGAAUUUCCAUAUCAAAAAUCCAAUAAAUUAUUACUAAAGUACUUUAUGUUUAAGAGAUGAUGAUUGGGAAAAUAAUUUCAAACAUUUUAUCAAAUUAGAUUCAAACGAUAAUCCUAAAUGUGAAUGUGGAAGGUAAUUUGAUCCAUCUGAUUGUGAUACUUUUAUCAUAGAUUCUCAGAUAAAUAAAAAAUUUAGUUAAAUUACUUAAGAAUUAAUUCCGACUAUAGAAAAUUCUGUUCUCACUGCAUUAAUCUCUUAACCAAUAUUUGUAUAAAUUGAGACACGUAAAUAUGGCAAUUAAUUUUUUGUAUUAUAUCAUUAGAAAAAGGAUAAGGAUAAUACGAUAAAAAAGGAAAAAUUGAUGGAGUAUUUGUUUCAAGGUAUGAUGUUAAAUUAUGAUGUGGAUCAAAUUAAAGAUAGGGUAGAAAGAUCUCUAUUAGAAUAAAAUAAUGAAGAUUAUGAUAGUUAAAAAAAUAACUAAUCAGCUGGAUUAAAUUAAGUAAUAAAUGAUUAGAAAUUGCAAGAGGAAUGUAAAUUAUAACAAAAAUGA